CACCAAACCCUACAUCUCCAUCCCACCCCCUCACGCCCUCCGAUCCUCCCAUGGCGUCCACCGCCAGCGACAGCCCCCCGUCCUCCCCGGCCGCACCGGCCUCCGCUUUCCUCGACGAUCACCACCAGCUCUUCCUCGACCCGGGCGCCACCAGCUCCUUCUUACCCGCCACCUCCUCGCGGGAGCCCCUGCCGCCUGCCCCGGCCUCAUCAUCAGCCGCGGCGCGCAAGCCGCCGCGGAAACGCCCGAGGGCGUCGCGCCGGCCGCCCACCACCGUGCUCACCACCGACACCUCCAACUUCCGCGCCAUGGUGCAGGAGUUCACCGGCAUCCCCGCGCCGCCGCCGUUCGCGCCCCACCUCGGCGGCCCAGGCGUGCUCUUCGGCGUUCCCCAUCACGAUCCCGCCGCCGCGGGCACGCGCGCGCCCCUCGAGCUGCUGAUCCGCCCGUCGCCUCUCAAGCUCCCCGCCGCACCGCACGCCUCGCCUCCCGCCGGCUCAUUCGCGCACUCCCUGUUCCCCAGCAGCAAUAACCCGAAUCCUGCUGGGUCGAGCUCUGAAUUAUUCUACAGCGGCUUCGCGCCGACGCUCUCCGGUGACGUCCCGCGAUACGACGGCGGCGGCUUCGAGGUCGAGGCGGCGGAAGACGAGAGAGUGGGACAUGGCCACGGCCUCUUCUCGUCUUUGUUGCACUCCGGUGAUAGGUACCACAGCCACUAAUCGUGUGCAUGUGGAGAUGGGAGGAAGAUGCUAAUUCUUUCAUCAUCUACUUGGCAAGGCUCUGAUGACAAGGCUAAUUCAACAUAUACGGUAUGUUUAGUUGAAUAAUUCUUCUUGAUUUUGGUGUGAGAGAUGUAAAUAAUAUACAAGGUUUUCAUCUCUUGUUUUGCUUGUGUUUCUUGGAAUGAAAAGACUCAAUGCAUUGUAAAAGGUACUUUCCUUACUGGUGUUUGUAUCCUCAUCAGUUCGGCUCACGUCCCUGUCGAGAUGAGACGAUACGAUGAAACUCUUUCUUAUGGUCAUUUUUGUUUUCUCUUCUUUUUCAAUGCACCGUGAAGGUUAUGUUUA